ACUCCAUCUCCAGCUACAGAGAAUUCGCCGCGGAAAAAAAAAGGGAGAAAAAAAAUAUCACCUCCAUUUGAGGGAGAGAGAGGGGGAGGAGGGAGGAGGAGGUCGUGAGCUCAGGAGGGGGAGCGGGGGGAGGCAGGCGGCGGCGCGGCAGAUCGGGCGGCACCGUCUGGGAGGGGGCCGGCCCGCCCCAUGCGUCGGUGAGGUGGUGGGGCCCGCUUGGCGCGCGAGUCGGAAUGGCGGCGGUGGCGGCGGGGAGGUGGUGGGCGGUGGUCCUCGCGGUGGCGGUGCUGCUCGGCCCGGGGCGGGUCGUCGCCAACACCGAGGGUGAUGCUCUUUACAGCCUGCGGCAGAGCUUGAAAGAUGCUAACAAUGUCUUGCAGAGUUGGGAUCCCACUCUCGUUAAUCCCUGUACAUGGUUCCAUGUUACGUGUAACAAUGAUAACAGUGUUAUCAGAGUUGACCUUGGAAAUGCACAAUUAUCAGGUGUACUAGUCCCCCAGCUUGGUCAGCUGAAAAAUCUCCAAUAUUUGGAGCUUUACAGCAACAACAUAAGUGGGACAAUACCCCCUGAACUGGGCAACCUAACUAACCUGGUCAGUUUGGAUCUGUAUAUGAACAACUUCUCUGGCAAUAUCCCUGACAGCCUGGGAAACCUAUUGAAGCUGCGUUUCCUCCGUCUUAACAACAACAGCUUGGUUGGUCCAAUUCCUGAAUCCUUGACCAAUAUCUCCACUCUCCAAGUACUGGAUCUCUCGAACAACAACCUCUCAGGACAAGUCCCAUCGACUGGUUCCUUUUCACUCUUCACCCCUAUAAGUUUUGCCAAUAAUCCAUUGCUUUGUGGUCCUGGCACUUCAAAGCCCUGCCCUGGGGCUCCUCCUUUUUCCCCGCCACCUCCGUUCAACCCUCCAUCAGUUCCAACCCCAUCAACAGGUGCCUCUAGCACUGGAGCAAUCGCUGGGGGUGUUGCUGCUGGUGCGGCAUUGGUAUUUGCUGUUCCUGCAAUCGCAUUUGCAAUGUGGCGCCGUCGUAAACCUGAAGAGCAUUUCUUCGAUGUGCCUGCUGAGGAGGAUCCAGAAGUUCAUCUUGGUCAGCUCAAAAAGUUUUCAUUGCGGGAGCUUCAAGUUGCAACCGAUAAUUUCAGCAAUAAGAACAUUUUAGGAAGAGGUGGUUUUGGAAAAGUGUACAAGGGAAGGCUUGCUGACGGCUCACUGGUAGCAGUCAAAAGACUAAAGGAGGAGCGUACACCUGGUGGUGAGCUUCAGUUCCAAACAGAGGUUGAGAUGAUUAGCAUGGCAGUGCACAGGAACCUUCUUCGACUUCGUGGUUUCUGCAUGACACCUACUGAACGAUUGCUAGUCUACCCAUACAUGGCUAAUGGGAGUGUGGCAUCACGUUUACGAGAGCGCCAGCCAUCUGAACCGCCUCUUGACUGGGAGACAAGGAGACGGAUUGCACUGGGAUCUGCAAGAGGACUCUCUUACUUGCACGACCACUGUGAUCCGAAAAUCAUCCAUCGUGAUGUCAAAGCUGCAAAUAUUCUUUUGGACGAGGACUUUGAGGCCGUUGUAGGUGAUUUCGGGCUUGCGAAGCUUAUGGACUACAAGGACACCCAUGUAACUACUGCUGUUCGUGGAACAAUUGGACAUAUUGCUCCCGAGUACCUUUCCACUGGGAAAUCAUCUGAGAAGACUGAUGUUUUUGGCUACGGCAUCAUGCUUCUGGAGCUUAUUACUGGACAGAGGGCAUUCGACCUUGCUCGGCUUGCAAAUGAUGAUGAUGUUAUGCUGCUUGACUGGGUGAAAGGACUGCUCAAGGAUCGGAAGGUCGAGAUGUUGGUGGACCCAGACCUGCAGAAUGCCUACCAGGAGACUGAGGUGGAGAACCUGAUCCAGGUGGCGCUCCUCUGCACACAGGGCUCCCCGUUGGACCGUCCCAAGAUGUCGGAGGUGGUGAGGAUGCUCGAAGGCGAUGGGCUGGCGGAGCGAUGGGACGAGUGGCAGAAGGUGGAGGUGGUGAGGCAGGAGGCUGAGUCGGCGCCGCUUCGCAACGACUGGAUCGUCGAUUCAACAUACAACCUGCGCGCCGUGGAGCUGUCCGGUCCACGGUGACAGCCUGACAGAGCAUCGGUCACUCCACGACUCCGAAAGAAGAAUUCGAAACUUAAUUAGCAGAUUCGGUCUAAUUGCUGCUUGUGUAUAUGAAAGGGUAGCUUUUGGAAUUGCUAGCGACAAUUUGAAGGGAUGAUACUAUUUUUGGAUUCCUCACUAGCCUCAGAAGUUGGGGGUAGGGUGCCGUCGUGUUGUUAAGAUGAAAUUCGUAUAUUUGAGGGUGAAUUUCUGAAGCAUUAUUGCUGUAGCGCUCCGGUGGAUGUAGCAGCGGGCGUCCAAUUGUAUUACUUCCUUCAUUUCAAAUUAUAUGUUGUUUUGGCUUUUUUAA